UUACCCAUCUCUCUCAAGCUUACAACCUUUUCACGUGUCUUUCCCUUUCACACACCUGUGUUCUCUUCUGUCUUCCUUCCUCUGUUUUUUUCCUAGGAAAACCAAAUAUCUCAUUUCAAUAUUAUUAUUCAUUCACAAACUUCUUCAUAGGGUCGGUGGUUAAUGUUUCUUUGUGUUCUUGUCUUUACAUAAAACAAAACUCUCACUUUGUUUGAAACUUCGAGGCAAACAAAAUAUGGAAGGAAGAAAGAAAUUGAGUUCUUCUUCUUCAUCUUCAUCAUCUUCUUUCACUUCUGAACUCUUUGGUUCCAUUGAUUUUCAUCCUUCCUCUGCUUCUUCUGGAAUUUUCGACUCUAUUUUUUCUCCAUCUUCAAAGGUGUUUGGAAGAGAGUCUCUGCGUUCUGCACUGAAUGGAAAAACUGCUACUGAAGGAUCAAACUCCAAAAUUGGUACUCAAGAUUAUAUGAGUAAGGGAAAUGCAGAUUAUGUGAUUAAGGGAAGUGAGGGUGAAACUGAGGAGAAAACAAAUAAGGAUAUGAGUUAUGUUUAUCAAGAACAAAGAGUUCAACCAUGUCAGCUUAGUUCAUCAAUCUAUUAUGGUGGCCAAGAUGUAUACUCUCAUCCUCAGAGUACUCGUGGUUCGGGAUCGAACACUAUGUACAAGAAAGAUGGUGGAGAAGAUGAUUCAGGAAGUGCCUCAAGAGGAAACUGGUGGCAAGGAUCUCUCUAUUAUUAAAAGAUCACACACUUGCCGGGAAAAUGCUCCUCAAGGUAAAUAGGAAGAUAGUGUGACAUGACAGUGUUGUCCAUCUUUUCUGACAUGGAAACAUUGUACUCUACUGUAGUGAAUAAGUUGUGGAUGCCAGUUCCUUUCUUCAUCAUCCAAACAACAUAUUCACAAUAUGAACCUAUAGUUAUAAUAUUUCUAUAAGCAUUUCUUUUCACUAUCUUGUACAGAAUAACAUUACUUAAGUAAUGGUAACAUAUAAGUCCUAUGGUAUAAGAAUAUGCUAGGGGGUGAAACCCUAUUUUAGUGGUUUGGUUUCUCCCUAUAUGUAAUGAGAGACUCAUCUAUCAACAAUGUGAUAUCCAUGUGUUUUUGUUUCUGGA